AUGUCAUUCCUCGGUGGCGCUGAGUGCUCGACGGCUGGAAAUCCGUUGACCCAGUUCACAAAGCACGUCCAAGAUGACAAGUCUCUACAACGGGAUCGACUCGUCGGGAGAGGCCCUGGGGGCAUGCAAGAAGGCAUGCGGUCCCAGGGCAUGAUGGGUGGUCAGGAUCCGAUGAUGGAUGAAUUCGCCCAACAACCCGCCCAAAUCCCCGGUGCACCGCCCCAGCCCUUUGCAAUGGAACAUAUGAGACGCGAACUAGAACAAUUCCAGGCCGCUCCGCCGCGAACAGGAUCACCCGGAUGGGCGGCGGAAUUCGACGGUGGAGAACACGCCCGGAUGGAAGCUGCUUUUGCUGGACCGCAGGGUCCGAUGAUGAACAAUGGAUCGGGCUUCACGCCGGCCGAAUUUGCCCGUUUCCAACAGCAGAGUCACGUCGGGAUGCCUCAAACCGCUGGCCCGGCGGCGUCGGCUGCGUCGCCGAUGAUGGCGGGUUAUCAGCGUCCGAUGGGGAUGGGGUAUAUGGGGAUGGGUGGAAUGGGUAUGAUGCGGCCUACGUAUAGUCCUAUGGGAACGAUGCAGCAGCCGCAGCCUGAAGAGGCUGCGACGCAGGACAAGGGCAAGGGUCGUAUGGUGGAGUUGGAUGAUCAGAACUGGGAGGCACAGUUUGCGGAGAUGGAGACGGCUCAGACUCAUGAAGCUACGGAUGAAGAGGCCAAUAAAGCUAUGGAGGCGGAGCUGAACGAUCUUGACAGGAAACUGGUGGAAGAAGAGGGCGACUUUGAUGUCACUGAUAGCAUGCACAUGGGCGAACUGGGGGACUGGGACAACUUCGAUGCGCUCAACAGCCGGGCCCGAGACCCGCAGCUGGGUGACUACAUGUUCGAGGAGGAGAAUGUUUUCCGAAACGUGAGUGACCCGUUUGAAGAGGGUGUGAAGGUCUUGCGCGAAGGUGGCAACUUGUCGUUGGCUGCGUUGGCUUUUGAAGCCGCAGUGCAGAAGGAUCCCCAGCAUGUGCGUGCCUGGACUAUGUUGGGAGCCGCGCAGGCUCAAAACGAGAAGGAACUCCCCGCAAUUCGUGCCUUGGAGCAGGCUCUUAACCAUGAUGGAAAUAAUCUUGACGCCCUUAUGGGCCUGGCUGUCUCCUACACUAACGAAGGAUACGACUCGACGGCAUACCGGACACUUGAGCGAUGGCUUUCCGCCAAGUACCCACAAGUCAUCGAUCCCAAGAAUCUCUCAUCCGACGCGGACUUGGGCUUCACAGACCGCCAGAUCCUACACGACCGGGUCACCGAUCUUUUUAUUCAAGCUGCCCAGCUGUCACCCUCCGGAGAGCACAUGGACCCUGACGUGCAGGUCGGUCUGGGUGUCCUCUUCUACUGUGCCGAGGAGUAUGACAAGGCUGUCGACUGCUUCUCUGCUGCACUCGCCUCUACCGAAUCUGGUACCGUGAACCAGCAAGAGCAGCUCCACCUCCUCUGGAACCGUCUCGGUGCUACUCUCGCCAACUCCGGCCGUUCUGAGGAAGCCAUCGAGGCAUAUGAACAGGCACUCACCAUCAACCCAAACUUUGUCCGCGCACGCUACAACCUCGGUGUUUCGUGCAUCAACAUUGGUUGCUACCCAGAAGCCGCUCAGCACCUGCUGGGCGCAUUGUCCAUGCACCGUGUCGUUGAACAGGAAGGUCGCGAACGUGCCCGGGAGAUCAUCGGAGGCGACAACGUCGAUGAUGAACAGUUGGAGCGCAUGCUUCACGUCAGCCAGAACCAGAGUACGAAUCUGUACGAUACUCUGCGGAGAGUGUUUAGCCAGAUGGGGCGACGGGAUUUGGCCGAUUCUGUCGUGGCUGGGAUGGAUGUCAAUGUGUUCCGGAAGGAGUUCGACUUUUAG